CAGGUGGCAGCACUGAUGCGUUUCUGUUAGCUACUGUAAUAACAAAGCAGAAGAAGACGACGGACAGCUUCUCGAACAUGUCUGAGUACGCUGGGGUCCAGAAAAGUUCCCUAAAAUUAAAGGGAGUGGGGGACAUUUCUGCUGGGAAAAAGAAGAAGAAGAAGAACAAGGAGAGCAAGCAUCGCUUGGAGCAGGUCGUUACCAGCCAGAAUGAGGAGGAGGAGGUGAAAACCAAGAAAGUGUAUCUUGACAAAAGGACGCCGGCACAAAUUGCUUUUGACAAGAUGCAAGAGAAAAGGCAAAUGGAGCGGAUUUUGAACAAGGCAUCAAAGACCCACAAACACAGAGUCGAGGAUUUUAACCGUCACCUGGACACCCUGACAGAGCAUUACGAUAUCCCCAAAGUCAGCUGGACCAAAUAGAAGCGGAGCAAAUGUUCAUUUUUGUUUUACCACUUGUACAAAAUGUUUCUGCACAUUUUUGAAAUGUUUUUAUUUUCAUGUUACGUGUAUUUACAAUUAAAAACGAUUUGAUCUCA